AUGGCUUCUGGUUACGACAGAGCUCUGUCUGGCAGUCCGGAUGGACACGUCUUCCAGGUCGAAUAUGCCGGUGAAGCGGUCAAAAGAGGGACCUGCGCCGUCGGCGUCAAGGGCAAGAACGUCGUUGUGCUUGGAUGCGAGAAGCGAUCAGCCAUGAAGUUACAAGACACCCGCAUCACGCCGUCCAAGAUUCAGCUCCUCGACACCCAUGCCGCUUUGGCUUUCGCCGGCCUCAAUGCUGAUGCCAGAAUCCUGGUCGACAAGGCACGUUUGGAAGCCCAGUCUCACCGUCUGUCGGUGGAGGAUCCCGUCACCAUUGAUUACAUUACCAAGCACGUCGCAGGUGUGCAGCAACGAUACACCCAGGCUGGCGGUGUUCGACCAUUUGGUAUCAGCACGCUUGUUGUGGGUUUCGACCCUGGCAGCAAAGUUCCCAGACUUUACCAGACGGAGCCGUCUGGCAUCUACUCGGCAUGGAAAGCAAAUGCCAUUGGCCGGUCGAGCAAAACGGUCCGCGAGUUUCUGGAGCGCAACUACAAGGAGGAAAUGGACCGAGAGGCCACCAUUCGACUGGCCAUCAAGUCUCUGCUGGAGGUAGUGCAGACUGGCGCCAAAAACAUCGAGAUUGCUCUUAUGGCUCCUGGUGUCGCCAUGGAGAUUCUACCAACCGAUGAAAUCGAGGGAUAUGUGAAGGAGAUUGAGCAGGAAAAGCAAGAAGAAGCUACCAAGAAGAAAACGGGACGGGCGCCCGCAACUGGAAGCACAGCCAUCCCCACGAGAGGAGCCACCGACUCGGCUGCUGAGUGA